AAUGUUUGCACAAACAAGGAAGUCAUAUUUUUUAUUUGUGAUUCUCCUAUUACUGUCACAAUAUUCUUUCUAGAACAGAGCACGUCUCCUUUUCUUGGGGCCACCUUAAAUGGGUACCAAAACAUCUACCUGUGCCCAGAGACACGCCCCGGCGCGGCGACGUCACACACAGCGGCCAAUCACCGUGCGGACGGCGGUCGAUAUUAGCAUAUCAAAGAGAACCCCGCUCCAAUCACAGAGCCGCGGAAGCGUGGUCGGGCAUUCUAUUAAAUCAAACUUGUAGCAAAGGCGCGUGUGAGGCUGCAGAUCUGGCGUGCUCCACCAGUACAGCACCUGGGCUAGAUUAAGGGCGAACUGCAAAGUCGAUAGCGCCACCGAGGCCAGUAUAUCUGAGAGCGCUGGAAUUAAAAGCACUGAUCUGUCUAAGUCGCAGGACAAGCGCACUUCACUGGGAUUCAGACCACUGCGGCUUGGUUUUCUUGUGUUUCUGAAAAAGAGAGUUGCUACCAGUGUUACUAUCCUCUGCGGUGUGUACGUUUCAAUGCAUGGGGGCUACAUAACACCAAAGGCAAUGCUGACGCGUGUGGCAGUUUGCAAAAAGUGACUGCCGCGCAAGAAACUGAAAAAAUAAUUGAUUUUUAAAAACAAUAUAUAUAUAUACGGGCAUCGCUAACCUGAACAGAAGGAAAUGGUACAUUAAGUGAAAGAGACAAUACGGUAUAAGCCGUAAAUCAGUAGUAUUGUCAUUCCCUGCGAAGAGAAUCGUCAAUAUGCUUUGCGAAUAAAAAGGAGGAUUUGACCCACUUGCACUCAGCAGGCUCAGCCGGAUACCGCUUCCUGACUGACUCGCUCGCGGGCGCGGCACGAGCCGGGCCGCCGGCCAGCCUCCAGCGCGAGCGCGGCGCAGAACCGUCCGGGACGCGAGCAGCGAGCAGCGAGAGCCGGGACCCCGGAGCGAUGACGGAGAACAACGAGAAGGAGAACGAGCCCCAGAACCGGGAUCUCCAGCGCUCCCCCGGCACCGUGUCGGUCCAGCCCGAGUCCAAGCUGCAGAGGCUGAAGCGCUCGCUCUCCUUCAAGUCCAUGAUGCGCAGCAAGAGCGUGGAGAACUUCUUCCAGAGGUCCAACAGCGAGAUCAAGUUUCCCAGCGACCUCAUCACCGCCCCGCCCCCGUCCCCACCCCUGCCCAUGGAGACCCCUCCCCUUAUCUACGGAGACCCCUCCCUCAGCCCCACCCCUUCCCUCAGCCCCAAUCCCUCGCAAAGCCCCACCUCCUCCCUGAGCCCUAGCCCCUCCCUCUCCACCAAGCCCUCCGCCCAGCUCCGCCCCCUGAAGACACACUUCUUCCAGGAGCAUGUGUUCCGUCGGCCCACAUACUGCCAGCUCUGCAAGCACAUGAUUGUAGGAAACUCCAAGCAAGGGUUGCGCUGCAAAGCCUGCAAGCUCGGCGCCCACUUGUGGUGUUCGUCGGAACUGUCCCAGCAGCAGUGCAAUGGCAAGUCGGGGGCGUUCAAAAGGAACUUCAGCUCUCCGCUCCUGGUGAAUGAUCAGCUGGGGGUCGUUAAGGAAGCCCCUCCCUCUGCUGUGAAGAACCGGAUAGACCCGGUGUACGAGACUCUGAGGUACGGCACGUCCCUGGCACAGAUGAGCCGUUCGAGUUUCGGCAGCGUCUCGGAGUCGCCCACCAGGAGCAUGAGUGAGAGGAGUGAGGGAGCUGAGGAUGGGGAGGACAGUCAGCGCAGCACUGAAGAGGAGGGCAUCCAGGGCCCUGGGGAAAGCGAGAAGGCAGGGUCUGAGGACAGAGUCAGCCUGAAGGCGCCAGCGCGGAUUGAGGUGUCCCACAUGCACACCUACGUAGUGCUGUACAAGUUCGUCCCGCAGGAGCAGAACGACCUGGAGCUGCACCCUGGUGAUCGCGUGCAGGUGACGGACGACUCGAAUGAGGACUGGUGGAAGGGAAAGAGCGCAGACAAGGUGGGAUUCUUCCCGGCUAAUUUCGUGCAGAGGGUGAGGCCGGGAGAGCGGGUGUGGAGGGUGACUCAACCCUUCCAUGGCAAUCGGGAGCUGGGGCAAAUGACCGUGAAAGAGUCCCAGAUCUGUGUGGGGAAGAACGAGGAGGUGAAUGGCUUCCUGAAGCUGACCAGUGGGAAGAAAAGAGGUCUGGUCCCCUACGACUCGCUGGACGAGAUCUGAGCCUGCCUUGAAGACCCCUAAAAAUCUUUGCCUUCCCGCCCCCUUAAGCGCACGGCUGAGCCCGGGGCAAUCCUGAACCCCCCUGCAACCUCGCUGCAUCAUCUGGGUCGAGGGGGAACGGAGGAGGGGAGGGCACCUUGGCGAUCCAGUGGAAGAUCCCCUCAGUGCUGCAAUACAGGAGCCCCGAGGAGGGGGUACUCCCGAAGCACCCUGCAUCCUGCACCCCGAUAAUCCCGCCCUAACACCCCCCCCAUCGGCACUGAAGGACUGGGUCGGCCCACCCCCAAUCUCACGACUCGCGAAGCAGCAUGGCUGGAGUUAAUGGGCAUUUCUAAUGCGAACCUCUUACGUGACCUGCUCUUGUCAUCACGGAUCCUAGUGCUAUUAAUCUUGCUCUUCUGAUCAUUAGUAGGUAGAUUUAGAAUCACUGUAAUCAACACUGCAGCAAGCACAUGUGGGAGAGAUCCUCUGACCUACUUUGACCUCAGGCAUGAUUUCGGAGUUCCAGAACAGUUCUCUGUUGAAGCGGGCGGUUCUCUGAUUUCCCAUCAGGCCUUUGUCUUUCCUGGGUCACGGUCACCCUGGACUUGGGGGUGAGAUCACCUCUUGCCUUUGGAAACGGCUGACCAAAGCCAAAGUUGGGGCGCACUGCAUGACAGAAAAAGGUAGUUAGUAAUGAGUAUGUUACUCCCUAGCUGGCCUGCAGGGACUCCUUGUCGUUUUUCGUGUUAUCUUUCUCUUGGUCCUGUCCCAUGUACUGUAGACUUCUCCUCCUACUCCUCGGUGCUUGAAGAGUGUUGGACCUGGAUGGGUUUGUGUAGCUGUGGGAUCGGGAUACUGUGGUGUCCUGAUUUUGUUUCGUAGGGUUGCAUUUUAUUUUAGAGAAGCCUGGCUUCAGGGUGUGAACAGAAGAUGAGUCCCAUGAAGGAGCAGGUGCAAUAGGCUGGCUUUAACAGAGGUGACUGUUGCACUGUUAAUCUUUGAAACUGGAUAAGAGUCUAGGGUCUCUCCUUAAUGACCUCUAGCACUGAAUUUGCAAACUAUGAGUAGGCAAGGGAGAAUUCAUUCUAUAUAUGUAUGGUGUGCACUUUUCCUCCUAGUGAGGUUUUUCCUGUGUGUUUAAAUUCUUCUAAAUGAAGCUCUUUUGAAGGAUGUGUAAAAACAAAACUUUUGUGUAUCUGCAACUGAAACAGUCUUUGACACUAAAAAGCCAGCCUUUGUGCUAAGGAGCAAAACAUAGCAUGUUUUCAGGAGAGAUGGGGAGGGGGGCAGUGCACUUUUUCACGAUUAGACCUUAAACCAAGUGCUACUAAACUCUGAAUUGCAGACUCCACUUUCGGAAAUUUCUGCUGGUUGAGAGGCUACCAAACCCCUCACUGCCCUAUAUGCUGAGAAGCACUAUUUGCAAAGAAAGUAGUUGGUGUGCUCAGACAGAUGCUCACUAAAGCCACCGCGCAAUGCUCCUAUCUCAUUUAUUACAACUACAUCUGAAAUUAUCCUUUGCGUUUUAAUAUAUUUAGAAAUCCUCAAUAGUUUUUCUCUACAGUGAAUCUAUAAGCAUCUGAACACCAGCUGGACAGACAUUUGACUCUUUAGGUCUUGUAAAGGAUAACGCACCUGGACACUCUGGUCAUCCUGGGACUGGUUUAGAACCCACCUGGGUUUUGAUCUCCCUACACCAGCGUCAACCAUUUAUCCAUUAGCAGAUAGCUGCUCUGCGUAUUUCUGGUGAUGACCACAGCCUAUCCCCAGAGCACAGGGCACAAGGUAGGACUACCGCAGAUCAUGUAUUUUUAAACUCAACCGUGCUUUACUAUGUAUAUAGAACAUGCAUGCUUUAGAAUAAGCACAUUCAAUAGAUUAUAUACAGUGCACAGCAAUGCAAUAUUUAAAAUGCACAGUCAGGUGCAUUUCACCUGUGGAAAUAUACAGUGCUUUUGUGCUUGCACUCACUUUUGGAAAUAAUUUUUUAUCGCAGUUGUGUUGCGGUUUCUUCAAGGCCAAGCAUGAGCAGUAAUAUGUUGGGCCAUGGUUCCAAAAUAUUGAUUUUAUCAGGAAAACAGGACCUAAAAGGCACGUGACAUCAAGGAACAUCUCAGAAACGAAAGAAAUCAACCCACUGGGUUUACAAAGAAAUUCAAAACCAGCUCUCUCUCUCUCUGUCCCUUCUUCCCUGAAUAACACUUUAGGCCUUCUCACAGUGCAGCAGGCCUGAAAGUUUACACUGAAAUCAUUAGUCAGUAACAAUACAGAACAUAUGAGAUUUGGUUAAUUAGUGAGUUAAUUGGUUCAGUUAAGGAAGCAGUGGUCAGCUGCAGUCCUUGAGCACUAUGUGCUGUUGAUAAUUUAAUUGAAAAUAAUCUUUAAAAUGCUUAAUUGAACACACUGCCUGCUUACGUGGUCCAAGGGGAAUAGUUUCCAGUUUACUUUGAUGAGUCAAAGAUGACCCCUUAAAAACUGUUAGACUGUGGCUCCCCAGGGACAAGGCAGGCCACCCCUGCCCUAAAUAAGAAACAAUUCUGGGGUUUUAUAGAUGGAAGUGGGUGUUCAGGAAAGGCUGAUCGCUGACCGACCCUGGAGAAUGAGGGAACGUGGCCACAUUUUCAUGCCCCAUCAGAGAUCGGCAACAACGGGAGUCUUGCUACUGAGGAACCACAGCCACACUGUGCUCACUGCACUGGGCCAUGGGCCCCAGAAUGGAGCCGUGAUGCACUACAGUGAAUAUUAGUCACAGUGUUCCCGGGGAAUAAUGUACUGAAAGAGAGACAUGUUAAAAUCCCUGGAAACCAUAGCAAAACCACAAAGAGUUAAAUACCACAAUUAAUUCAUCAUGGCGAAUUUCUGUGUGGGUGACCUGGACAUGAGACUGGCCAGGAGGCUGGGUGAAAUGGCGCUUUUAGCAGAGUUUGAAAACCCAUUUCAGUGUAUUGUCCUGUAAGUACUGUUCUGUACUGUCUCCACGCUUCUGAUUUCUGUUCUGCCGGCCAAGAAGACCAAAGGGAACGACUCCAAGAUGUGAGGCCGUGAAUGCAACUGAAUCCGGACUAGAUGAAGGGCUCGGGGCUGCAGGAUCAGACAGGGAGAGGAGGGACAGAGUUAUAAAUAAACACGCCGAGACAAAGAGCAUCUCUCCCUUGAAGAGACUGUCGUCUCCGCUUUCUCCUUUUGAAAAACCUCUUAUUGGCAUGCAGCCCCAUGUCUUUAUCAAAGAGGGGCAGGAAUAACUGCAGCAUGUAGGCAGGGGUAGGAUAGAGGGGGCUGAAAGACUGAGAAGAGGGGUCUCUAGCCCCCCAUGUGAUAGACACGGCCCCUGAGCACCACUUGGACAUGUGGAGGUUUGAGUAUGCAAGUCUUUUUUACCUUGGGAGGGGCUGUUAUAGAAUCGUUCAAUGCUUCUCUGUGUGUACUGUAUGUACCUGUGUAACUGUAUCGGCGUAAAGUUUGUGCAUUAACUAUCAGAUAUUUUAAGACUGCAUGCAGGACUUGUAGGGUCUCUUGUCUGCAUAUGUGUCUUAUAGGCCUGUCAAGAGUGUGUUUGAGUAUUAGAUUCCUGUGUGUGUCCUUACCAUGAUCAAAGUACAUCACAAUGAAAAUGGUACCACGGUAAAAAUAUCUUGAAGCAUAAUGAGGUACGGGAAAGCUAAAUACUCUCGCAGAAUGCAGAGUGUACCAAUGGUAAAACAAUUAGAAACUGCGAAAUAUUCUGUACUUUUGCCAUGGUAAGCUUUCAUCAAGGCAUGAAAGAGUGUUAAAUUGCAAAUGAAGUACAGGCCAAUGUGUUUAAUUUGUAGUAUUUGAGUAUGCAGGUAGCAGGAUGUUAAUGUAUUAGUGUACUUGUGAGGAUGUGAUCUAAUGUCAGGUGUGAGUCAGUGUAAGCAAACUUAAUAUCUGAUCUGGUGUCACAGGUGCGUCACUGUAUUAGUAGUCUGUGAGUGCUAUUGUGCACCAGGGCUGUGUCAGGUAGCCUAGGGUGUCAGUGCGUAUAAGAGCUCCUCUCUCCUCUCCGUGCACCAGUUUGGCUGGUUUCCAGCCCUGUGCUACUCUGGGUCCCUGGCCUGGGAUUAACACAGCCUUAAUUUAGACUCCAGCAGCUCGCCUGCUAUUUCUAGCUGUGCUGGCACUUUAUUAAUCGCAGUGCUGAAUCCCACAAGGGCGCAAGACACAGAAAAACAGCAAAGGCGACGCACAUAUUUAGAGAUUUGCAUGCAAAUCACUGUUAACCUUUUCACAACGCGCUCAAUUUCACCAGCAGUGAGCAAGGAACAAUAUCCGCUACUUGACGAAUUCGUCAUCUGUACAGAACAGUAGACUUUGCUCAAGGCCAAGGACAUUGAAAUGUACAGAAAUAUAUACCAGCAGAAAUGAAGGGCAUGCUAAAAUAUAGAAAACGAGUAGCUUUGUGUUUAUUCUAUGUAUAGCUGACAGUGUGGGAAGAUUAAAUAUAGAUCUGAUGAUGUAUUGAAAUGACUUAAAAAAAAAUUCAAAUGUCAUUUAGAGGACAUAACAAUUUCCUGGUAGCAUAGCUGGUAGUAAAAUAAUGACCUUAAACAAGGUUGUGGAACCAAAUGUUUUAAUCUAAUUGUUUUAGGACAUUUUCCUAAAUGCGUUUAAGCAAGCAGGGUGGAAAAAAAGCAGAUUUAAGAAUGAUUAAAUUUGCCGGUGCUGAUGUAGGGCAGGUGUUUUUUGUGACUGACUGGGUGGGUCCCCAUCCAGGUUGCCCAGGGCGGGGGGUGUGCCGAGCGAUUCGGACAUCUGCCUCCUGUCUCGUCGGUGCUCAGUGUAGGUAAAGGACAGGGAGGAGUGGGCGGACAGCCUCUGUGAAUGGGGUCAGAUCCUGUGUGUCCAUUUCCCUAUAAACUACUGCUAAACAAAAUGCAGCAACCCCCAAAUACACUGCAGGUAUUGCAAAGACAAUUUAAAAGGCCUAUGAAUCCAAGAGUAAUUUGGCAGGGCUGUGGAAGGGGAACGCCCCAGACCCGGGCAGUGAGAGGUGCCCAAGCUGGCAAAAACAGUGCCCAAGGGAUGCCAAGGUGCUUCAGCACAGGGGUGGCCACUGUACCCAUUAAGCCAACCCCUGCUUUCAUAUAGUCAUGUAGUUCAGUAGGUUUAAGGGAUCGCUUGUCUAAUUCCCAAUUCUAAAGUGUUUCAGUCUUUUCUUGUUGCCAUUUAAAACUGUCCCCAUUGUGGCAGAACUUGUCUAAUAUUCCUGUCUUUGCCUUCUGCAGCACUGCUGCCCCAAACUCUCCCUUCUACAUGUUGGGAAUUGAUCUCUCAUCAGUUUUCCCCAGCGUGAAAGCGAUUGUUUUGAGUAACCCAGUGGAGGUCAGAGGGAUUUUACCUCUAGCGCAGCUGUUCAGAAAGGCUCUCCUGCCUUUCGUCUUGUUCCCUCCCUAUUGCAGGGGUGGCGCUGAAGCAUUUGACAGAUCUUGGUAUUCUGCUUGCGUCCCUGUCUACAGACAAGUUUAUUCCCUUUUUUUUCUGGGCGUUUAUGAGAAAGGUCACUGGAUGAUAGGCCUGUUAGAGCAUUACUCAUAAAUGGUGAGUGUGUCUGGGCAAGAGAUGCGAUUUGAAAAGUUUUUUUUUUGCCUCUGGCAGGCAAUUAGUUAGACCCCAUGCUAACGAUUAUUAAAGAACGCAGAUGUAUUGGAAAGCACGUACCAUCUCACUCUCUCUUCGGCGUCCGGGAGCCGAAAGCAACCGGGCAACUGGAUCACAGGUUCUCCCAGGGCCUGUCUGCACCCCAUUUAAAAAGAUCUUGAUGCCACUCCAGCGGUGCUAGGAACCAAGGGGAAUCAGAAGCAGGAUCUCUUCCAGCUCCUGUCUAGGAGUCGGAAGGAAACAGAGGGUUAGGAGAGUGGAAGGGAUCACACCUUCGCCUGUUGUCUGCAGAAGUCUUUUUUGCUGGAUUUCCAUGCACCUACCAACCUCCCCCCGGCAUCAAAAACACAAUAAGAUUCUCUGCAGAGCAUCUCUAUCUUCUGAGCAGCACGGCAGCCCUUACAGAAAAUCAAAAGUAUUGAUCUAAACUAUCCCAAUACCUUCCCCCCCACUCAUAAAAGACCCACUCUAAAGCUUGAAGACUACUAGUCUACUGCCCUUCUCGCGCUGUGAUCGUCAGCGUGAUCCAGUGUCGGCUGGCUUUCUGUUUCUCCAGUGCUCCUGAAAUGUUCAGACAGGGCGAAGAAAAAAAACACAAAAUUGCUGCAAUCAAUCCUGCAGCGAGCAAUUGUCCAGCAGGAGCAUGACAGCCGGAGCCCGAGAGACCUGAGCAGGACCCCCGAAUUGAUGAUGAGGGGAUGAGGGGGCGGGGGACGGGUCUGGGAUUUGUGUUGUCUGAGCUCACAGUUUCUAAAUGUCAUUUUUCCAAAGGAACGGGUGCAUGGUUUUUAGCAAAGUGUGGCAUUUAACAAUAGAGGGGUUAGGAAAGUAGGGAUUCUGCAGGACUGGAUCUCCGGGACUAGAACGUUGAAUGUUUAAAUGGGAUUAUAUAAAAUUGGAAAUGAUAGUUGUAUCUGGAUGCUUCUCAGUGGCACUGUGGUGACAGUGGAGGGGUGAAUGUAAGUUGCCUGUGCUCCACAGCGCCCUCUAAUGUCCCAUAUAGUUGUUGUUCUGUGGAGUACUUAAUUACUGCUGUACAGUUACUCUGAAUCCCAGAGAGGAACGGAAGGCUUUUCUAGUUAUUUUUUCUCUCUUGUAACAAGGCAGUGAGCCCUGCUGUGCUUUGCGCAAAAUGGCAAUAAUUACUAUUCUAGGUCUGUGAUUUUACCUUCCACUGUAAAUAAGAGAUAGAUAUAACUGUACAUAAAGCUGUGUGUGUGUACAGACAAAUAUGAAAUGUUCUAUAUUGCAGAAGGAGGCAAUUGUGGGAGAUGGAAUGGAGGAGAACCUUAAUGUCUUUGCACAAAAAAGUGCUGGGGUCCUGUGCUUCUGGCUUUCACUAUCUAUGAUGGGUGUGAGAGCACAGUGCUGGGUUAUAGCUUGACCACUCUGGCCAUUUCCUUGUGGGAAUUUGCUUGUCAUUAAAAAGACAAUUUGCAUGGGCUCUCUCAGAAUGGGUCACCUGGACACAGCAUCCAAGCAGCCCAAAUAGAAAUAAAACUAAUGAUCAAGGGCUUCAAGAGCACCAUCGAUUGGGCUUAAUUUUCCUUUAUUAUUAUAACACAGUAUUUACCAUUAACCAGAUGCUGCAGACCCAGACCUCCAAUCUGCCGUUUUAUUUCCUAAUUGUGCAAACGACACGCCAGCCAGCAGUGCCAGGCUCUUGAGCGCUUUUGUGUUCGCUGGAAACAGAAAUUAAUGUAAUUUGACGUGAGAGUCGGCAAUCAGGACCCGUUUGUCUCCAAAGGCACUCGGAGGUGUGGAGGGGGGCGGCAGUCGAGCGAGGGAGGCUGAGGCCGAGACGCUGAUGUUAUCGCAGCCAGUUAAGCUCUGGCCCUCUCUGCACCCCCCCGCCCCCUCCACACCAUCUCCCACCAGCCUCCUCACUCUCUGCAUGCAUGACAGCACCGAGUGAGAAACCUCAGGUUUGACUUUAAUAAACCUCAGUUUAACAUUG